AUGAAGACGGGGAAGGCCGUGACAGUGAAGAAGACGGCGGCUGCCUCUUCUUCGUCCAAGCGGCGCAGGACCCCAUCCCCUUCCCCUCCUCCUUCGGAUAGCACCCUGGAGGCCGAGUUUGACCUCGGGUCCUUUAGCCCAAAGAGGAAGAGGAAGCCAGUGGAGGAGGAGGUGGAGGACGAGGACAUGGAGACGCUGACCCAGAGGGUGGCGAAGAGGGCCAGGGCCUCGACGAGUGAUAAGCCCCCACUGGCGCUCCGCACACGCCGGUGGUGGUGGAGAUCAGCCCGGACGACAGCCCCCGACGCAGCCCCCGCUUCAGCCCCCAGCGCGGACCAGGAGGAUAUUGAUACUGUCAUCGAGGAGGUCGCCAAGGACGCCGAGGCCGAGGCCGACAAGAUUGCUGCUGAGGAGGCCGCCAACAAGACUGCCGCUGAGGAGGCCGCCAAGGGGCCUGCCGGGGAGGCCGGAAAGGCCGCUGCCAAAGGGGUUGGCAAGGUUGCUGCCGAGGAGGCCGGGACGGCGAGCACCAGGGCGCCAGCCGAGGGGGGGGUGUUCGAUGACGAGGCGCUCGCCACCGCCGGGCUCCAGGUUGUUGAUGAACCGAGCACCGGCGGUGGCGGUUCCCAAGACGAACAGCUUCUCCGGGACAUGAACGUCAACUUCCAGAAGCUCCAGGCGCUCCAUCGUACCCGCCUAGACAGGGCGAAAUCUAGGAUGGCGGCAGCGGACAAGGCGGAGGCGGAUCUUGAGGAGCGCGUCACUCAGAUGCAGGCCUGGUUCCGCGAGGCUCGGGAAGAGCUGAAGGCUGCUUAG